CAACGUUGUGUCACACGGCUCGCGCAGAGCCGCUGGAGGCAGUCGAACCUCGAGCUCAACAGGAGGAGGAGGAGAGAGGACAACAGCAAAGUCUGCACACACACAAACAGUGGUUACUUCAACACAAGGAUCCACCUAAGCGUUCAUGGAUACUCCCACCAUCGCAUGUCAUUUCCGCGGUAACCUUCAACAUGAAACACCCGUAGGCUUUAAACAGCUUCUCCCGCGUCCAGCCUCCCCGCGCGCAGACAAGGACAGAGAGAAGAGACUGCGUGCCUACUGUCCAAACUAACAGCAAACACACACCGGGCGUUGAAAGCGCAUUGGACAACAUGUCUAAAGAAACCAGAGGAAAAGCAGCGACCCUACGCAAGCUCAGCGCUUCUCACUGGCGCAUGCAGAACAUCGCCCAAGAAUCUGUUGACAGCUCUGAUGAUGAGUUUUUUGAUGCCCGAGAGGUGCUGGAGGGUAAGACGGCCAUGCUUUUGGGGAUGAGUCAGUGGAACUCGAAUGAUCUCGUUGAACAGAUAGAAACACUGGGCCACAUCGACCAGACUCAAGAGAGCCUGUACCAUCUCAGACGGCCGAAAUUUGUUCCUCAAACAAGCAUUGAUGGUCUAGAGGAAGCUGAGAAGAAGUGUCAGACUCACGUGCUGGUGUUGGUGGUGCAUGGUGGCAACAUACUGGACCCGGCUGGUGGAGAUCCGAGUGCAAAAGCUGCAGAUGUGAACACCCUGUCGUCAGUGCUGGACAAAGUAUCUCAAGCACAUUACCAAGCCGUUGCUCAGCACGUGGUCAUCAAGUUGGUGGCGUGUCCUGCUGUGUGCGCCGAGGCCUUCUCCCUCGUGUCCAAUCUGAAUCCUUACAGCUAUGAUGAGAGUUGCGUAUCCAGCAGCGUUGACCAUCUCCCAUUGGCCGCCUUACCUCUGCUUGCUAUUGCUGCUCCACACUAUCAAGAUGCCGUGGCAACCGUUAUCGCCCGCACCAACCAGGUGUACCACAGCUUUCUGCAGUCUCCAGAAGGACAAGGGUUCACGGGGCGGGUGUGUCUAUUGGGUGAUUGUGUGGGAGGUGUGUUGUGUUUUGAUGCUCUCUGCUUCAGUAACAGCCCACGGCAUAGCAGCCCAGUCCACAACAGCAGACAUAACAGCAUGGAAAGCUUAAAGGACAACCCUGAGGUCAGUCCGAGACUGAACUCCAGCAAGCGUCUCAGCAGAAGCAACAUAGACCUCUCUGCCCCUAGCGAAUCCCGCAGCAGGAAAGCCCCGCUCAGCCGCAAACAGAGCGACUCGCUCGAUGGAGACAGUCAGCACCACCCGUUCUUCAGCAGUCUGAUACAGGACGGAACUGAUCUGAGACCAGGCAGCAGCACCAGUCUAGUGUUGAAUCCAGGUCGCUUUGACUUUGAGGUGUCAGACUGUUUUCUGCUGGGCUGUCCUCUUGGAUUGGUGCUGGCCAUGAGACGUACCGUACUUCCCGCCGUCCAGGUGUCUCAGCUCCGGCCUGCGUGUUCUCAAAUCUUCAACCUGUUUUACCCGUCUGACCCUUCGGCUUCUAGACUCGAGCCCUUGUUACAUUCCCAGUUCCACAAACUGCCUCCCUUCCCUGUAUCCCGAUACCAGCGCUACCCAUUGGGAGACGGUCGCUCCAACCUUAUUGUCAAUGACAUUCACAGCUACCCCGACGUGUUCUUGCACGGCACUGCGGUUCCGCCAGUCGCCCCUCCUUCCUCCUCUUCUCAGACAGAACAGAGCGCAGGAGGCCGGGUGGGUGGCGAGGUCCGCAGGUCCAGUUUGACCAGCAUGGACAGUCAGUUGUCGGGCUGCUGGGAGAGCAGACUUGGCAGCACCAUCGCCAACAUCACCAGCAGCUGGUGGGGAUCUAAGCGGUUGGAUUAUGCUCUGUACUGUCCAGAUGUCCUGACUACUUUCCCCACAGUGGCUCUUCCUCACCUGUUUCACGCAUCUUACUGGGAGUCCACCGAUGUGGUUGCCUUUCUUCUGCGCCAGGUGAUGCACUGUGACUUUGUGAAAACCCAAGAGAUGUACAACACUGACUCCGCCCCCUUCUCACCUUCGAGUCCGAGAGAGAAGUGGCUACGCAGACGCACACACGUCAAGCUUAGGAAUGUCACAGCCAACCACAGAGUUAAUGAUGUCAUCACGACCGAGGACGGACCCCAGACCCUGGUUGGUCGCUUUAUGUACGGUCCCCUUGAUAUGGUAACUCUAACUGGUGAAAAGGUGGAUGUGUAUGUAAUGACCCAGCCACAGUCAGGUCGCUGGGAACAUUUAGACACUGAGGUCGCCAACAGCAGUGGCAGGGUGACCUACACCAUCCCCAAGACCAAAAAGAUGGUGCUGGGAGUCUAUCCUAUCAAAAUGGUCGUCAAGGGAGACCAGACGAGCGCAGAGGCCUUCCUGACGGUGUUGCCGCGGGGAAUGGAGUGUGUCGUCUUUAGCAUUGACGGUUCGUUUGCCGCUAGAGUCUCCAUCAUGGGCAGCGACCCUAAAGUGCGACCUGGAGCCGUGGAUGUGGUCAGACACUGGCAGGACCUGGGAUACCUGAUCAUUUACAUCACCGGCCGUCCAGACAUGCAGAAGCAGAGGGUGGUCUCCUGGCUUUCUCAACACAACUUCCCACAGGGAAUGAUCUUCUUUUCGGAGGGGCUGGUGCACGACCCACUUCGUCAGAAAGCCAUCUUCCUUAGGAAUCUGGUGCAAGAGUGUCACAUUAAAAUCAACUGCGCCUACGGCUCCAUGAAGGACAUUUCCGUCUACAGCAUGCUGGGCCUCAGCCCCAACCAGAUAUAUAUCGUGGGACGGCCAUCGAAAAAAUACCAGAACCAGUGCCAGUUCCUGAGCGAAGGCUAUGCAGUGCACCUCUCCUCCCUGCAGUUCAGCCACAGAGCCCGACCCAAGAAGAGCUCCUCGGUGCGCAUGGUUCUGCGAAAGGGCUCCUUUGGUCUGUCAGCCAAACCGGACUUCCUGUGCAAGCGAACGCACCUCCGUCGCACCAUGUCUGUCCAGCAGCCUGACCCGCCCAUGACGGCCAACCCUAAACCGGAGCGAGCUCAGAGCCAGCCCGAGUCGGACAAGGAUCUCGGGGGCGGAGGGGGAGUGGGUCAUGGCGUGUGGGCGCGGGGGUCCAUGCACUGUGGCGACACUACUCCCUGACCAUGGAGAAUCAUAGUGGACAGAGACCAGCAUUUCUACAUCCUUUCAGGCCUCUGCUGAUGUUUGACUACAUAAGACAAAACUCAACUGAUGUAAAAUAAACUGCUCAGCAAAGGGCCUGCUCUGCAGGGAUCUGUUAUGGAUCUAACGUUGCGUGAAUCCUGACUCGAUGCACGAGCUCUCUGUUUGAACAGCGGGAACACAAGAGAAUUUGUGAUAUCGUUUCUGAAAUUAUUUUCAUGAGGUGUUUUUCAACCAACUCUGAUGCUCUGGAGAUGUAAACGUUGUAUCUAUGAUGAACUUCUAGUGUCAGUCUCAUUUGGCUACAGCUCAUUCACUGACCCUCUGAUGGAUAUUGGAAAUGUCUGGUUGCGUUUACAUUGCACCAAGCUGAUGUAGUAAGCACUUUUGAGGAAGAGUUUAUUACUAGAUUUGCCAAAGUUUGCAAAAUUAGAGUUUUUCAGAUGCACUUCGUAAACUACAGUAGAAAGUCUUGUAGAAACUUUAUUUCCACAUGCAGAAAUUGUAUAUUAAACUUUGUUUUCCGACUUCCGUCUAUGGAAAACUGUCAGUCAGGUGGUCUUAUCCUAUUUUGGGCCACCAUUUAAGGUGUCUCACAUCCCGUCAAGAGGAAAAGGAUAUCCGAACACGUUUUCUCUGAGCAAUACACGAGCACUAAACAGGACAGAGAGGAACCUGCUGAUGAGACAGGCGCUGAUGCUGACUCCUGCAAUAAUCACUCUGUUGUAAUAUUGCAGGCAUUUGUCUGCUCUCUGGACGGCUGUCAGCAGGCCACUUGUGACCAGACGGACUUGCAAACUGUACAUUAACCUCUUUUGUGCAGUGUGGCGACCUCACGUGAACUUUGUCACCAGUGCUUCUGUUCAGCCACAACAGAACCUGACAGAAACGGCCCUGUCCUGAAACGCCACUGCGGCUCAACUCCGCCCCGGCUCCCGUCACAGUUCACAGGUCUCAAAUACGCUGACUGUAACUUCAGAAUAUUUAUAACCGUCAAUGGUUUUACUUGUGCCUGUCUUUCACUUAUGUUGUAAAUAUAAGUGGCACUAAGAUGAAACGAGUAUGUUUGAUGUAUUUGCUUGUGGCGAUAGCUGACUGCAAAAAAACUGCAACGUUUUUGUCUUGUUUAUUAGUAAAAAAAAUCUAAAAAUCCUUAAAGGGAUAGUGCACCCAAAAAUUAUAAUUCUGUCAUCAUUUACUCACGCUCUUGUCAUUUCAAACCUGUAAUGACUUUCUUUUGAAGAAAGUAAGUCACUUCUAUUGUAUGGACACAAAACCAGCGCAAGGGAAUGGGGGCCAGUUAACAACAUUCUUCAAAGUAUCUUCUUUUGUGUUCUGCAGAAGAAAGAAAGUCGUGCAGGUUUGAAAUGACAUGAGGAUGAGCCAAUGAUGAUCAAAUUUUCAUUUUUGGGUGAACUAUCACUUUAAAACAUGAUUAGUUUAUUUGAGAGGAAAAAAUGCAGUGUAUUCUCUGGAGACAAGUCUCUUAUGAAAUUUACCUCCUCAAGUAAAUGUUUUAAGGAUUUCUUUUCUGGGACAAACUGUAAAAAUAAUGCUUUCUCCCCAUUUCCUCUUUAUAGACCAAAGUAUUGUUUUAAGUUUGUAUUGUAUAGUGAUUGUGCUUGUGCUUGUCAAGUAUGUCGUCUUGUUACAUUAAACAGUUUAGCUGUAUGACGACAGACUCUGAUAUUGUUUACAUGUUACUCUAUCUGACAGAGUGCUCACUAUGGUCUUGUUGAAGUACAUACUAUAUUAGUAUCUUAUACUUUUAAUCUUUGUGUUACAAUAAACACUAUCUGGCACUAUGAUAUACUGGUUGUCUCACAGUGCUGUAUUUAAAUCACAAUGACACUGUCUGUAGUUCUUGUAAUGUCACGUUUUCCUUUUCUAGUUGCUGAUUUUUGGUAUUUUGUAUUGGGCUGUCUAUUGAAAAUUGUCAUUCGACAACAAAAGUAUUUAUGGAAUUGUAUUUUCUUGUAUAUUUAACUGUAAAUGUUUAUAGUACUCUUAAGACUGUGUGAAAGUGGGUAGGCAUGAGUGUCCGUGUGAGUCUGUAUUUAUACGUGUACAUAUAAAUAUGCAUAUUUCAAAAGGGGAGUGUACGUUUGGAGAGUUUUUGUAUUCCUUGUAUAUAUUUGUAAUGCAGAGAUCGUGCUAGUGGCCUUUGGUUUCCCCACAAGGAUCCUCUGAUGUUUAAAGUUCUAAACUGAGCCUGUAAUUUGUGUCACAACCAUGGAGAUUUUAUACAGUAGGCAGACUCUAUUUUUAUUCUUUUGUGUGUGUGAUCAUUUAAACGAUGUGGAGCAGUGUUGAAGUCAUUGCUGAAUUGACAAUACGCAUAUAACCUUACCAAUAUGUAUAUUUAUUUGUCUUAUACAGUAUCUAUACUCUCAGAUGUGAUGAAGUAUUUGUAUUUUCACAAUGUUGUCAAAUGUACGGUAUUCGUAUUGAAACGUUGUGCAAGACACAACUGUGCCAAUGGCAAACAAAACCAUUUGGUCUAUUUUAGUGGCUGUGUUUUGUUGGACCUGUAUACCGAGCUGUCUAAACAAAUAUAUUUCAUUCUCACUUCAAUAAACCAGCUAGUAACUCAA